GAGUGCAAAAAGGGCGUGAAGUAAUCCAAGUAAAGUGAUCUCCCUCUCUCCGAUAAAUUAGGGUUUUGGGUUUCCACUUUUCAUUUAAUGCUCCGACGAAAUCCAGUCGGCACGCUGAGCAUUUACCCCUGUGGCGUUCUUCCUCCUUGUCUCUCCUCAACCUCCACUCGCUUUGUGCUAUGGCGCUAAUGAGACUUUGAAGGGAAUCUGAUUUCUGGAACAUGGUUAGGGUUUUGGUGGAUUAUGUAGCGUGUGUUGGUAAUAUUCAUGAGCAAAUGUUAAUCAAACUUGGACAAAGGAAAGUGAGCAUGAAUACUCUUAUGUAUUGUAUCAUGUGAUUUUGAUGAGUGAGAUGAGAUGGGGCAUAAGCUAAUAUGCAUAAGUUGGAAAUGUCUAUUUUCAGUAACUGAUGUAAAUAUUUAGCUGUUGGUUGCUGAAUUUAUAAAGUUUGAAAGCAAACAGAACAUUUUGGUGAGUUUUAUAGAAAAUAGCUAAAACGGGGUCGCUUUGUUGUGUGGCUGCAAGGCCACAUGGAUCAAAUACAGCCAGUAGGGACUGGUCAAUGGGUCCCCAUGAACCUUACUGGCGGACUAAUACAAGCUUUUCGCCACCCCCAUCAAGAUGGGAUUUUCGAUUUCAAUCUGAAGGGUUACCAUAUGGUUCACAAGAAGGUAGUCAAUUGUAUGGGUCUUCAACAUCAACAAACAGUAAAGAAAGUCGGAGCUGGGUGAGAGGCAACUGUCUCUAUAACCAUCAAUACUCUGCAUCUGAUGGUACUGGGUUGUUUUUAAGUAGUCCAUCUGAUCUUUCUCAGGGUCCUCAGUGGACACCUCCUGCAGUACAGGAAAUCAGUGUUGAUGAUUAUGAAACUGUAACAAGAAGAGAUCCAGCUACGGCGCCAUUAUCCUUUAGACCCACCAUGGAGGGAUCCUCAGAAAAUCCUGAUAGUGGUGGCUCGACUUCAUCCCAUUCAGACAGUAGCGAAUCAGAGCCAACAGUCAAGUCACGCUUAUCCUCUCACCGCAACUUCUCAAGUCGUCGUUCUUUCAUGUCCAAACCUAUACACCCAUUGUCCUUUUCCGCUCAAACAUAUUCUAGAGAAGCUCCUGAUUCAGUAGUUGCUGGGUUUUCAGAGUUUGAGACUGCCACUCCACAAAGAGAUGCGCACCGAUGGAGCAGUGCUAGCAGCAACACUGAUUUUGCUGAUGUUUCUGAGUCGUUUGAGUCUGAAAUUUUCAGUUGGUCGUGCAACCAUUCUGAUGGUUUUAGGUGUGGCUUAUGUGAGAAAUAUCUUUCACAAAGAUCACCUUGGAGUUCUCGUAGGAUUGUGAAAAGUGGAGAUAUGCCAGUGGCUGGGGUUCUUUCAUGUCGUCAUGUUUUUCAUGCAGAAUGUUUGGAGCAGACAACACCAAAGGCACGUAAGCAUGAUCCUCCUUGCCCUCUUUGUCUUAGAUUGGAGGAGGACAACUGCCUCGAGCAACGGGGUCAUUCAAGACUGAGGACUGGUUUCCCAAGGCGCAGACCAUUUUGUGAGGAUGGUCCGUCCAGGCCUUGGGGCUGUGCGCAGGUAGGAGAUUGUGUUGAAGGAGCUUUGCAUGCACCACCUCGCAAUUCUAUGUUCUUACUUAACCGAAAUCGCAUUAAAAAGAACCUGUCUUUGAGCAAGGAAUUUCCAGGGAAGUUGAGAAAAAGUGGUCCGUAUUCUUCACAGCAGUUGAGUGGAAAGUCAGUUGAUCAGGGAGCGGAUGGCUGCUCAAGGACAACAGCAGGACCAAGUACAAAGAGAUGAUGAAAGAUUUGUAGAUAAAUGGUAACAUGUAAUUUAUCUGUGUAAGGGCUCCUCUUUUUCUUGAUGUUUGCAAUUGGCAGUGUCACUUUAGACGGAUAGAUAUUACAUUAAUGAGAUUGGAUGACCCGAUUAGGUGUAUAGAUUUGAUUUUGUGCAAACAGCGGGUUGUCUGUUGGAAGUAGACAAUUGUGUGUUUAUGUUCAACUGCUGCACUUUAUGUUUUGUUGUCAAAUGAAAAGGGUAAAAAUUCCUUGUUCU